UACAGCCUGUUGUUCUGCCUUCAUGAGAGCUUCAGUGAAGUCUGGCGGAUAAAGGACCCAAACAGACGCGGAUGGUGGAGGAACCAUGUCGGACUCUCUGGAGCGAAGCGCCAAGAUGAGCCAGCUGAAGGAGCCGCUGGUCAGGAAGCUCUGCGAGGUUCUGGACAAGUCCAGCAGCAGAGGAUGGCGAAAGCUCGGAGAGAUAGUCGGCAGUGACAGACGCUUCAAAGUCAGCUCCGACGACAUGGAGAUGUGCUCCCUGAAGGUGCUGGAGCUGGAGGGCAGCCCGAGCCUCAUGCUGCUGAGGCUGAUGGGAGAGCGAGGCUGCACCACGGGCCACCUCAUGGACUACCUCCAGGCGCUGGGCAACCAGGACGCCCUGCUGUGCCUGAAGCCACCAGCCCUGCAGAUCCUCAUCCAGCCCCAGUCUGUGGCUCUGAUGUGUGGCCACAACCUGCGCCUCAGCUGCCACGCCGUGGGCAGGUCCCCAGUCCAGUACCAGUGGUUCCGAUCCAAGGAGGAGGUGCCCAACAGCUCCUCUCCAGACCUGGUCAUCAGUCCGGUCCAGCUGAAGGACGCCGGCUUUUACAUCUGCAGGGUCAACAGCGGAGACGCCUUCGAGUUCAGCCAGUGGGUUCAGGUGGACGUCCUGAACGCCGGCGUGUCUUACGGGCAGAGUUACCACUCCUUAGACGGCCGGCUGAAGCUGGUCGUCCAGCCUCAGUCCCAGCGGCUGCACGACGGCGAAACCCUGCAGCUGGAGUGUGGAGCCGUCGGACGUCCGAUCCCUCGAUACCAGUGGCACAGAAACGGAGUCCCGAUCCCAAACGCCACCAAGAGGAAGCUGGUGAUUCCUCACGUGAUGCAGGAUCUCCACGGCAGGUAUCGCUGCGAGAUCAGCAGCAGCAGCAGCAGCAGCUCUGAGAGGAUGUGGACCAAUGAGGUGGACGUUGUCAUAGCCCCGAGGAUCUCUGUCCAGAUCACAGGGGCAAUGGAGUGCUCUGAAGAUGACAUUUACGCCAUCGGAGAAGGCUCCGGUGACUUCUUGCUCAACAGUAUUCCAGAUCAGCUGUACGCGACCGACAAAGUGGCGCUGCUGAUCGGAAACCUGUCGUACCAGAACCACCCGCAGCUCAAGGCUCCCAUGGUGGACGUGUACGACCUCACCAACCUGCUGCGCCAGCUGAACUUCAAGGUGGUCUCGCUGCUGGAUCUCACAGAGUCGGAGAUGAGGAACGCCGUCGACGAGUUCCUGCUGCUGCUGCACAAAGGCGUCUACGGCCUGCUGUACUACGCUGGUCACGGGUACGAGAACUACGGGAACAGCUUCAUGGUGCCGGUGGACGCUCCGAACCCGUACCGGUCGGCCAACUGUCUGUGUGUGCAGAGCAUCCUGAAGCUGAUGCAGGAGAAGGAGACGGGCCUCAAUGUGUUUCUGCUGGACAUGUGCAGGAAGAGGAAUAUCCACGAUAACAGCGCUCCAAACAUCGUCCUGAGGGUCACGGCCAACAUCGUCUUUGGAUACGCUACGUGCCAAGACGCCGAAGCCUUCGAGCUGAGCUCCAGCGGCUUCACCAACGGCGUGUUCGUCAAGUUUCUGAAGAAGCGUCUCCUGGACGACGAGAAGAUCACGGUGGUGCUGGACAGAGUGGCUGAAGAUAUGGGUCAGUUUGACGCUACGAAGGGGAAGCAGGCUCUGGAGAUCCGCAGCAGUCUGUCCGAGAGGAGAGCGCUGACCGAUCCUAUUCUGCCCGGCGACAGCGCUGACCUCGCUCACGCUCACAGCCGCCAGUGGGCGAAAGCUCACGAGCUUCCUGAGAGCAUGUCUCUGGACUUCGACUGCGGCGCUCAGAUCAAGUUGGGCUUCGCCGCCGAGUUCUCCAACGUGCUCGUCAUCUACACCCACAUCGUGAAGAAGCCGGAGGACAUGUCCUCCUGCCAGGCUCACGUCACCGACUUCUCACAGGACCUGGAUGUGGAUCCUAAAGAGAUGAACAGAGAGACUCCAGAGGAGACGGGGAUCUACCUCCUGUCCAGCUGCCUGCCCCAGCACUGCCUCUACACCAGACUGAGCUCGCUGCAGAAGCUCCGGGAGGAGCUGGUCUUCACCGUCUGCCUUCAGGGCACUUUUGCCUCCAUGGACGACGACCAUCCCGUCCACUGGACCAAGAGCGUCAACAUCGGCAAGCCGCUGAUCGCUCGGCUGGACCUCCACCGGGCCAUGAGGCGGAACAGCUGCCUGCAGACCUGCCUGAUGCCCCACAGCCCGUCCCACAGCCCCUGCCACAGCCCCGGGCCCGAGCACCGCCUCCACCCCCACCACGCGUCGCUGCAGGCCCAGGACUGCAACCGGCUCUCCCCGCAGCAGCGCUACCUGGACAUCUGUGAGCAUCUCCAGGGUGCGGUGGGCGGCUGCGGGGAGCCCUACUACGACCACCUGAGCCAGUGUCGCUUCGAGCCGCCGUGCGACUCGCCCGAGGGGCUGUCGAGCUCACCGGGGCGACUCAGCAUCCCCAUAGAGGCCAGCGACGACAUCGUCGAGCUGCAGACGGUGUUCAUCAACAGCCUGCAGCUCCAGUGAAGCACACAGGAGCACUAACAGCUGCUGCUUCCUCUGUUACACGCUGUGAAAAGAUUUUAUAUUCUUGAAUUUAUACUCAGUGUUUGUCUCAACUAACUGUAUGCUGUAUGAAAAAGAGCAUCUCAGUGAGCUGACAGAGGGGUGACUGAUGCGGCUUUAGUUUUUUAGGGCUUUUAAACAGAACUGGAGUUGUUUCUCUGACAGAGACUGAUGCUAAUUAUAAUGUAGGUAAAGGAGCAUUAAGACGAAGAAGAGCAUCAUCGUAGUUUUAUCAGAUAAUCAACCUGAGGAGAGCCAGACUGAUGACAGACUGUUUAGUGUUUGUAUUCCUAAAUUUAAAAUUGAUAACCAGUUCAUUUACGGUUCCUAACCUGAGGUUUGAGUCCCUAGAAAGGGUCACAGAAGAAAUCUGAGAGGUCAUGAGAUGAUUGGUUACAGAAACAAAGAGGAAAAAUCAACACAGAACUUUCCCUUCUUUCAUUGUUUUCUGUUCUCAGAACAGUUGCUUUUUGUGAAAUAUUUCAAAGUUUUUUUUAUCUUUGUACCUCAAAAUAUUACUUAAAUCAAACAGUCAGAUAUUUAAAAUGUGACAAGAGGCUAAAAGUAGGCUGUCUUUCAUAAUGCUUCAUAUUUUUAUAAGCUUAUACUCUUUUAUAUAUAAAAAAAAGAAUCUGAAAGCUAAGUAGUAGCUUUAGCUGUUAUAUAAAUGCAGUGAUGUGAGAUGUAUAUUAUUUCUACCAGAAUUUCUUAAAUCUAAAGUAGCUUAAACUGGAAAAACUUACCUCAAAAUGUAUUAAUGUAUGAUAUUUGAAUAAAUGUUCUUUCCCCCAGUGAUCCGUGACACGUCUGAGAUGAAAUAUAAUUAAAAGCCUUCACACACACA